AUGACGCAGAAGAUUUUAAAUUCAAAAAUUUACAUAUCAAGUCUUCAGCAUAAAGCGAUUAUUGAAUUAUUUUUUGGCAAAAACGUCACAACAGAGAGCGGUACGCGCCAAAGCAACAACAUCAACACCAACAACAAAACUAACAAAAGUGUCGUCGUAUCGCCGCGGGACGGACGAUGAUCGUCGGCGAAGGUGGAGAAGAACAGCCGGAAAGCGGGGCCGGCGACGGCGGCGGCGGCGGCGUCGGUGGACGGGACGCAGCCGUCAAUUACAAGACAAGGAAGCGGCCGGUGGACGCCACGGCGGUGUACACGAUAACCGGCGGCGACACGAACCAGCUCCAGGACGUGCCACCGCCGUGGUCGUCAGAGUGCGCGCUGCCCGCCGCCGUCUUGGAUGGGAACGGGCCGCAGAGGCGCAGGCCGCGGACGUGGACGUGCGGCGGCGGCGCGGCCGGCGGCGUGUCGAGCCUGACCCGGAGCAGGACGUUCACGAGCAACGAACGGGGCCAUAUCGUCACUUUGUGGCAGCCGUACGAGUGCCGGUCGUCCAGUAACUCGCUGAACGACGACGGCGACGUGGCCGUCUGGCUGAGCGCCACCGGCCGGUACGAGCCGCUGUCCAGCCGGUCGUCGCUCAGCCUGUCCACCAUACCCAGGUCGGCCGGCUCGUGUUCAUCGUCGGUGUGUCGUCUGCUGGACGACGGCGGCGGCGACAAAACGCCUCCGCCGCCGCCGUGUUGGUGUACCGCGGAAACCGAGGCCGUCCUCGGUGACCCACAUAACGACGUUACGGCUCGGACGACAACCGGUUACCGCUGUCCGCCGCGUGGAUCGCUGCUACAGCGUCGAGGCAUAGCCGCCGCCGCCGCCGCUGCCGUCGAAGGGGAACGGCCGGUGUUGCGUUCGCGUCCCGACGCAGACGUUCAGUCAAACGUACAGCGUCCGACAUCGCGUGUCGUGCCGUCGCGUUGUGUCAGUGCGGGUGAUUGGUGUUGUGAUAACGGAGACGUCGACGUCGACGACGACGACGACGACGACGAAGACGAGGAUUACUAUUGCGUUUACGAGGACGAAACCCUCCGUCGAGUGGAUAACGACGUCGACGUUGGCGAUGAUAACCGAGUGCGCGCCGUAGUGCCGAUGGACAACGGGAGCGGUUUGAUAACGGGCGGCGCCGCGGUCGUCGGGUUGACGGCGGACGGCGGUAAGCCUCAGGCGGCCGCGGCCGCCGAGAGGACUUACGCGUCCACGGAAGCGCAAACGGACGAGACGGCGUGCUCGUCCGCGUACAGGGAACAGCGGAGGCGAGAACGCCGGGAACGCCGGCUCCAACAGCAGCGACGCGUCCAUCCGCCGCCGCCGCCUCCGCCCGCGCUUUCGUCGUCGUCGCUGCUGCCGCCGCCACCGCCGACGCUUCUGUUACAGCAGCAGCAGUCCGCGAUCGCCGUACCUGUCGACCAGGACAGGCUGCCCGACCUGUUGCUCAACUCGCACCUACCGCCGCCGCUGUACACCACCGUCGGCGGCGGCGGCGUGUGCGACGUCGCCAUGGCCACCCGGGCGGCCAACUUGCAGGCGUCCCUGUUGCCCGCCCCAUUCCAGCACCCCCAUCAGCCGUCCGGGGCGCCCGUCGGCUCGUCCGGCUCUGCCGUCAACUCGCCCGGUGGAUUUCGCCUGCCGUUUGGCAUCAUACCGGCCAGGAGACGAAGGUCGUUACACUAUUGCAGCGAAGAAGACACACCCAAAUCGUGCUGUGGUCUAUUGACGUUACCAGACGCCACCAGUACGGUAUCCAUCAGGUGGUUCAUUGGUAUCGUGUUCAUAGCAGGGAUUUGUUCAGCGCUCGUAGGCACAGUCUUGGGUGCUACUAGGGCUUCCGGUAGAGAACACCUCACGGUCGCCUUACUUAUGAUAGGUGUCGGUGUCAUUCUAGUGGCCAUCAGCGGUAUAGCGUGGCGCUUGACGGCUGGUCAAGAAGCGUCAUCGUGCGGAGCAGUGUUCGGACUGGGUCGAUCGUUGGACGACGCAGCCGAAGCCAACCGGCGGUUCGUGCCUAGACUGCCGCCGUCCUACGGCCGUCCACAUCAUCCUUACGCCGCCAUGAUGUAUCCCGAGUUCGAGUACAGAGCUCCGCCGCCAUCCUACCAGGCGUCCAUGCAGGAGUACCGGCUAAGGCUGUUGCUGUUGGACAGACAGACGAACAUGCCGCCCGUCACGGCAUCGCCGCCGCCGACGUACAGGUCGCAACCCGGCACGCUGAUAAGAGGGCAAAACGUCUGUUGUCGCGGCGACUCCGGUGAGCUGUACUUGUACCAACCAUCGACGCUGCAGAUCAACCACCACCAGACCGCCGACUACAGCGGCCCGCCCAGUUACCGAUCGCGGUCCAGCACGCUACGGCCAGGCUGCCACCUGAUGAUGGACCCGACGGCCGGAGCGAUGGUCAUCGGCUCGACGGCGGUCGGCAGCCACCACAGCCGCAACUCGUCCCAACUCAGCGCGGCCAUGUCCGAGGCAGUGGGCGGCGGCGUGUUGACCGCCACCGCGGUGGACAACAAGGUGCCGCCGCCGCCGAACGCCGACGACGACGGCGGCGACGGUGGCCACGUCGGCAUCGUGGUCGGCAGUACGGUGGACGACAACGUGCGCAACUUAGCGGUCGUCGUGGACGAAAAGACGGCCGACUGCCAUCACAUCGGUUGCGGUCCGGUCACCAUCGUGCAGACGACGCCCGCCGCCAACCCUCCGGGCACGGUCAUCGUGACCGUAUCCAGCGCCAACAACGAUACCACCAACGUCCGGUGCCGGGACACCGAAAUGGAGAUCCUGGCGCAUCUGUAAAACGGACGUCCGGAUGGCGAUCGAACGGAAUCGGCGUAACGUUCUCGAUUUUUCUCCUUGACAUCGCGCUCGUUUUCCGCUAUUGAUCCAACACUGAUAAUAUUGUCGUUCAUAUUAUAUCGACUACCUAUAUUAUUAUCACUAUUAAUUCGAACCGUUUGCACGCGUUUUAUUCGAUAUUUUUGUAACUUACUUAUUAUUUUGUUUUUAUUAUUAUUGUAUUUUAUCGAAUGAUAUAUUCGAGCCAUGUAUAUCAAUUUAAUUUUAUUGUGACUCUUUUUUGCCGCUGUCCUCGCAAAAGAAUAAUAACAUUUGUAUCGGAAAUAAAAACGAUUCGCUUCGUGACUACUCCAACACUUGGCCCAAACGAUUCUAAUAGUAGUUUAUUAAAUACGUUCGGGUGCGCAAACUCGUUUAAUUUUCACACUAGCGUUUAUGCAAAUAUAAUAUAACCGGUAAAAUUCAAUGUUUAUACAUAAUAUAACUUGUAUGUAUAUUUUUUUUUCGACUGCAUCAAAGUAAUUGACACAAAUCAUUGUAGAAAAUUUGUACAAAAAAUUCACUACUCCUAACCGUUGGCCGUAUUUUCGUGAUACGAUAAUAAUAUUUAUAAAACACAUCUAAAUCAUAUGCAAAACUCGACCACCGUUGGUUUUUUUUUCAUCAGACACCAUCUAUUCGUACGAAAACAAUACACCUAUUUAUUGUUAUGCAUUUAAUAUUUUAUUUUCUUAUCGACAAUGACUUAUGAAUUAUCGGACAUCCCAUCGUCGUGGAUUGGUAUAUUAUUUAUAUAUUUUUUAAUAUUAAUAAAUAUUGUCUUAUCUCGUGAGUUUGUUCCGUAAUAUUAUUAUAAUUUGUUUUGAGUGCUUAAUUAAAAAUUGAUGUCAUAAUGAUAGUAGCUCCUAAGGAUAUCAUGUAUUUAUAACCGUCUAUUACACCACGAUUUUGUUCGAUUGUGAUUCUUAGUACUUGAGCUGCGGCCUGCGAAGUGUUUAGUUUUUCAGUCCCCAACACUUGCAACGUUAUAAAAUAUUAUAUUAUCAUGAAUAUUAAUGUCACAGCAUCAUCCACGUUAAUGAGUCUUUCCAAUGAUAUCGUUCUAAAAACUAACCAUUAAGUCAUUUUUUUCUUUUAAUUAUUAAGCUCAAAUCGUCUUGGUCCGUUUUCAAUCUAAUAGUUUAUCAGAAUUUUUAUUGUAACCGACAUGAUAUCUACAAAUUUUGUGUAUUUUCUAGUCACUACUCAAUAACGAGUGUGACUAAAUUAUUUACAAAACCAUGUUAUUGUCAUUUGUCAACAAGUAUUGUGUUUUAUGACUAUUAUUAUUUUAUUUUAUUUUAAUUUUUUCUUUGUAUACAGUUACCUCAUAAAUAAUUAA